AAUCUGCAUGCUGACUGUGUUUCACAAGGUCAGUUUUAGUCCUGAGAUGUUGGGGAGGGGAAACGCAGCCCAGCACACUGUUCUUUUCAGUGGAUCCAUCUUACUGGGAGCACCUUAGCUCUUCUGCAUGUAUCUCCUUUCAGUGAAGGAUGUGUGCCUUUCGAACAUUCAGCUUUCCCCUGCCCAAGCCGAAUCCCUGACCACCCUGCGCAGUCUCUCAACCCUGAGACGGCCUCAUCGUUCACUGCUGUGCUGGUCCGCGGCAGAUUAAUUGUCAAUGGACACCUGAUCUCCUGCUGCCUGUGAUUGAAAACCAAGAGGCUUUGUUGUGCUGAUUAACUGCCUACAAUUUUUGCUGACACUGCCAUGAACACAAAAUGCUGAUUCUAUUCUUUUUAACCUCUGUGUGAAACUCUGACUUUUAAUAUACUUGUAUGUUCAUUGACCCUCCAUAAAGAUGUCUGAACUUGACUCUUCAUCUGUAUUUUCAGGAAAUGUGGAGAAUGGAACUUUCCUUGAGCUAUUUCCCACAUCCCUGUCCACAUCAGUAGACCCAUCCUCAGGUCACCUGUCAAAUGUCUAUAUCUAUGUGUCCAUAUUCCUCAGCCUUUUAGCGUUUCUGCUUCUGCUUUUAAUCAUUGCCCUCCAGAGGCUUAAAAAUAUCAUCUCCUCCAGUUCCUCCUACCCAGAGUAUCCAAGCGACGCUGGGAGUUCUUUCACCAAUUUGGAAGUCUGUAGUAUUUCCUCUCAGAGGUCCACUUUUUCAAACCUUUCAUCAUGAAGAAAAUGGAAGAUUCCUUAAAUGCUGCAGCAGCUUCAGUUUUCCCUUCCGGGAAUUAUUGCAUCUGAGCUGUUAUCUCAUGAAAGAAAUGCCACCUUUGCUUUUUUCAAUCAAUUAGAUCUGUUGCUCCUCCUUCACUUCUGAUUUCUUUCUCUGUUCAUGAUGCUGUUCAUUUGGGACUAGAGAAGCUGAUUAGCAGAAAUGCAUGUAAAUCUUGAGGUGCAAUUUCACACAAACCACUUGACAAGUCUGGAGCUGGCUUCUUCAAGGUGGAUCAGUUCCUUCUACCCUGCUGGACACCUGAGGCAGAGCUCACCUGGGGUAGCCUCACAGUGGGUGCUGGGGCUUGCACUUGCUUUCACUUCUAAAACCGUGAAGCCAACUGAACCAGCAGACUGACAAGAUGUAAUCUAAACUGUUUAGAAGGCAUUUUCCAUAUUAAAAAGAUAAAGUGGAAUCAUCAAAUUUU